CUAUUCCUCCUCCUUCCAUUACUCCCACUGAUAUAACCACUGUUCCUACUCUCAUCCCAAAAAUAGCCCUUCCAACCUUUGACGGUACUGAUCCGCAUACUUGGAUUUUCCAGGCUACAGAGUGUUUUGAGUACCAUCAAGUUCCCGAGGCUCAACGCCUAUCCUUUGAGUCAUUCAUGAUGGAGCGUGAAACCUCUGAAUGGCUUCGGUGGAUGAAGAAUAAUAACCUUCUUCGUUCGUGGGCUGAAUUUUUGGAACAGUUGAAGCAGCGCUUUGAUCCGAUGCAUUUUGAGGAUUUUGUGGGCAAAUUAUCCAAGACCAGGCAACUCACCACGGUGGCAGCAUAUCGGGCAGAAUAUGAAAAUUUAUUAAACAAAGUGACGGGUGUGCCGAAGGCGAUUUUGAUAUCAAUGUUUGUUGCCAGACUCCAAUAGUCCAAUCCACAGUUGGACAUGAGGGGCAACGAGCCAAACCAGACACUUUAAUCCUCACUUUUUCCCCGUCCAGCGAGAUUAAGGCUCAACAUGGGGACUUAUUGACGAGCACUUUGUCACGGUGCGUCAAAAUAAAAUCAAUGAUAGCACUUAUACGUAGUAUAGGUGAAGUAGAGUUCGUAUCCACAUUAAAAGGAAUAAUUCUCUUUUUACAAAACUAGAAAAUCAAAGGGGGUUUUUAGGAUUGAGUGAUAUAUUUUAAUGAAACACCAAGAUGAACAACUUAUAUGUGAUUCAAUUCAAGAAUAAAAAGGACUUGUCUUCCUACUUUCCACUUAUUGAUAUAUUUUAGUCGGGG